GUGGUGAGGAGCGAUCUGCUGGAGAGGAGUAGAGAGCAGCGGUGCGGAUUCAGACAGAUUCCUACGCGCGUGUUUCUCCGUCCACGAAGCUCCGGAUGGCUGGUUAACCGCGCACGACAAGCCGUUAUUCAGAUGCGCGCUCCUUGAACGCCAUAAAGCGGAUAUUCCUACUCACUUUCCCCGGAGUCACAGAGAAGAGCGACAACAUGAAAUACAAAAACCUGAUGGCCAAAGCGCUGUAUGACAACAUGCCGGAGUCUCCCGAGGAGCUGGCCUUCCGCAAAGGGGACAUCCUCACCGUCAUCGAGCAGAACACGGGGGGCCUGGAGGGCUGGUGGCUCUGCUCUCUGCACGGCCGCCAAGGCAUCGCCCCCGGCAAUCGCCUCAAGCUGCUGAUCGGGCCCAUGUUCGAGGCCCAGUCGCCGGCCGCCACUGCCCAGUCGCCCCCGCAGAGCUCGGCAUAUCAGCAGAAGGCUGGCUCGGGGGGGGCUCAGGGCAUCUACCAGGUGCCACCGUCCCUCCAGAGUCCACAGCAGCAGAGUCAACAGAGCAUCUACCAAGUCCCACCAGGACAAGACAUCUACCAAGUCCCACCAGGACAAGACAUCUACCAAGUCCCACCAGGACAAGACAUCUACCAAGUCCCACCACGGAGUACUCUCGCUGCUGAUAACACCCCGAGCAAGGUGGUGACCCCGACCAGAGUGGGACAAUCCUACACCUUCAGCCCCGGCCAGCACAACCAGCAGGACCUCUAUGACGUCCCACCCAGUAGAUCACAGGGGGUGUACGACAUUCCUCCUGGCCAGAUGUUUCCCGGCGGCAGAAACCAGGGAGUCUACGACGUCCCUCCGUCUCAGAUGGACCUCAGGACGCAAGGCGUUUACGACGUCCCCCCCUCCUCUCAAGGGGUCUACUCGGUGCCCCCCUGCAGGAACAACCCCGCCCUCCAGGAGGGGAACUACGACUUCCCGCAGCCUCUCAAGCACAAGCAGGAGGGCAUCUACGACGUCCCGCCCACCGCCCUCACCAAACCCGCUCCGAGCCCCCAGUCGCAUUACGACUUCCCCCCAACAGUGGAGCCCCCCGCCCAUCACCCACACCUCAACGCCAACGAAGGCAUCUACGACGUGCCUCCGCCCGCCCUCCACUCGGGGGCGGGGUCACAGAGCGACGUGUACGACGUCCCACGGGGCAUGCAGCCCCCGCAGCAGCACAGGGCCUCGCCCGCCGACAGGGACGGAAGCAAAGGCGUCUACGACAUCCCCGCCGCCGCUCAGGACUCGCGCGCCGCCGCCGACGUGACGGACGGCGUGAACCGCCUUUCCUUCUCCAGCACCGGCAGCACGCGCAGCAGCAUGUCCACCUCCUCGUCCUCCACGGGCUGCGGCUCCGAGGGACGCCUCGCUCUGGACGUGGACGCGGCCGUGCAGCGGCUGCACCGCCUGCAGCAGGCCGUGGAGGCCUCGGUCGGCGCCUUGCACUCCAUGGCGGCCUCCCCUCACUGGAGGACUUUCCCCUUCAUGGAGCGCCACGCCAACGACGUCCGCGCGGUGCUAGACCGGGUCCGCGCCGCCCUCGGGGACUUUGUCGUGUUCGGCAGAGGGGCCGCGGUGAACGCCACGGCUCUGUCGGACUCCAGCCUGCACAGCAAGCUGCGGCGGCAGCUGGCGCGCCUGGAGGACUCGCAGCAGAUCCUCCUGCAGAUCUACCAGGUGCUGGAGAGCUGCAGCUGGGCCCUGAACGCGCUGGCGUCCGCCGGCAAGCACCACAACAAGAGCGACGACCUGGACCGCUUCGUCAUGGUGUCCCGGACGGUGCCCGACGACGCCAAGCAGCUGGCCUCCACGAUAGGCAGCAGCGCCGAGCUGCUGUUCCGGCGGACGCACGCCGACGGCUCGUUCUCCGUCGGCAGCACGCCGGAGGAGAGCGCCGUCCACCCGCUCAGCUCGCCCGACAACGACAACUACGGGGGCCUGACCAAGCCGUUCCCCGUGCCCUCCGGCCCGGACAAAGACAACAUGAACAACAGCGAGAAGUGUGUGAAAAGCUGGAUGGAGGACUACGAUUACGUACACCUGCAGGGCAAAGAAGACUUUGAGCGUCAGCAGAAGGAGCUGCUGGACAAAGAAAACAUCAUCAAGCAGAGUCAAGUCCAGCUGGGCCAAGAGCAGAUCAACCAGUUCAAGCAGCUGGAGCAGGACGUGAUCAAGCCGGUGGAGAACGACGUCACCCAGUGGAUCUCGCACCAGCACGCCGGCACGACCCCGGCCCCCCACGCCACCACCGCGGACUCGCCGCCCGCCCCGCCGCCCUCCGCCCGUGUGUGCGCCCGGGACCGCCAGCUGCUGGGCUUCUACUCGGAGCAGUGCGGGCAGCACUUCGCCACGCUCCUCGGCGCCGUGGACGCCUUCUUCGGCUGCGUCGGCGGCGGGCAGCCCCCGCGCAUCUUUGUGGCGCACAGCAAGUUCGUCAUCCUCAGCGCCCACAAGCUGGUCUUCAUCGGGGACACGCUGUCCCGGCAGGCCUCGGCGCCCGAGGUGGCCAACCGCGUGAUGAACUCCAGCAACGUGCUGUGCGACCUGCUGAAGACGGUGGUGGCCGCCACGAAGACGGCCGCCCUGAACUACCCGAACACGGCCGCCAUCCAGGAGAUGGUGGACAGGGUCACCGACCUCUCGCAUCACGCCCAGCAGUUCAAAGAACAGUUGUUGCAACUGGCCAACUUGUGACUGGGGACAGACUCUGUGUGUCCAUUAAUCUAGUACAAAUAUAUAUUUACAGUAUGUAUGUAUGUAUGUGUAUGUAUGUAUGUGUGUGUAUAUAUAUAUAUAUAUAUAUAUAUAUACACACUGCUCAUCUUUAAGUUUUGGAUGUUGUAAAUAGUAUCCGUUCUGUAAAUAUAUGCUCUAUUUUUGUGUAGAUUGUUUUAUAUCACGGUAUGAAUAUAUAUGUAGGUGCUGUAUUGGUGUUCUCUGUAGGAUUAUGUAGACGUUUUUUCAUAACAUUCCUGUCGCAUAUUACGAAGCACCUUAUGAGAUGUCCUGUGUUUUUAUUUCCUUUCUUUUCCCCCUGUAGUGUCGUUGUGUCUCACUGCCGGGUGCGACAGUAAAUCACGUUAAUGUCAAUGUACUGUGUGUGCGUGUGUGUGUGUGUGGGUGCGCGCGUGUGUGCGCGCGCGCGUGUGUGUGUGUGGAGCUCUUCUACAGAGUAAAGGAUUGUUCUUAACCACG